UUACAUAUUUCCUUCUCCCAAUCACAUCUUACCAAUUUCUUCAAUAUAAUCCAACCAACAUUGAAUUCUGCACCAACAUUACAUUUUCUCUCUCUCUCUCUCUCUCUCUUUAAUGGCCAAUUUAAAGAAUGCUAAACACCAUUGUUAACUCUUUCUCUUCCCUUUCUCAUUCAUUCUACUAUCUCUUACUUUACCAUUAAAAUUAAACUCUCUUCUGCUACUUCUGUUUUUGUGGGCUUUAGUGGGCUUGAUUAAAUGGGUGUUGGAAAAUCUGGGCUGAGGUCAUUGGAGCCCGGUAGAGUUGGGCUAGGAGAUUUGCCGGAAAGCUGUAUAGCAAUCAUAUUGGGCCGGUUGAGCCCACCGGAGAUAUGCAGGCUUGCGGAGAUGAACCGGGCUUUUUAUGGUGCUUCAUUGUCGGAUUUUGUAUGGGAGACGAAAUUGCCUGGAAAUUACGAGUUUCUUGUUAGGAAGCUCUUUGAUGAAAAUCCUAACACACUUUCUAAGAGAGAGAUUUUUUCUAGGCUUUGUGGGCCUAUCAGAUUUGAUGCUGGAACUAAGGAGAUUUGGGUGGAUAGGAGGAGUGGGAAGAUGUGCAUGGCAAUUUCAUGGAAGGGAAUGAAGAUCACAAGAAUUAAUGAUCGUAGAUGUUGGAGUCAUAUUCAAUCUGAGGAAUCCAGGUUCCAUGCAAUUGCAUACCUAAAGCAAGUAUGGUGGUUAGAGGUAGGAGGAGAAUUGGAGUUCAAUUUCCCUGCUGGAACUUACAGCCUAUUUUUCAGGCUUCAAAUAGGCAAAUCCUCGAAAAGAUUCGGCCGGCGAGUUUGCAAUCUAGAUGGAGUUCAUGGAUGGGACAUGAAACCAGUUAGGUUUCAAGUUUCGGCCUCGAAUGGGCAACAUGCAGUUUCUCAGUGUUAUGUAAAGCAAACUGGGAACUGGGUUAGCUAUCAUGCUGGGGAUUUUACAGUUGAGGAUCAUCAUAUGCCUAUGAAGAUCAACUUCUCUUUGGCUCAAAUUGAUUGUACACACACUAAAGGUGGCCUUUGUUUGGAUUCUGUUGUUAUAUGUCCUUGUGAGAUAGCAGACCGUUUGCAGGAGUCUCAGUUUUUGUAGUUUGUACAUAGUUUAUAGGAGAGUUUUGUUUUUGCAUUUUGUAGCACAAAAAUAGAUUUGUAGAUAGUAGAUAUAUGUAACUAUUCAUUGCUUUGUUAUGUCAUAUGUAUCAAUGUAUGUAUGGAAUAUGGAGUAUGGUUAAAUUAAGGAAGUGGUGGGUUGAACUGUUGAGGUGAUGUAAGUACUAUGAAUUAUUACUCCAUAUAGAAUAUUAAAUCGAUAAAACAUGAGUGAUUUGUUGUGCA